ACUUGCUGCAAUUAACAGGGCCACACAUCGCGGCAAAAGAGGAUGCAAAUGCACGCGCUCAAACUCAAGUUCAUGCUCUCUCCAGCUCUGAUAAGUUUCUCCUCUCUCCCCCGUUUUUUCUUCAAAACUAAACCCUUUUCUUCUUCUGCUUCCGCGGAGUUUUCACCAUGGUCCGGUCUACAAGCCUGGCGGGAAAGCCCGCUCAACGAGAACCGGAUUUGGGGACCCAAUGGCCCGGAACCUUCGUCACUAUCACCUCCCUCUUCAAUUUGCUUUAAUGAUUAUGGAUUGGAUUCUGCUUCCUCUCUUGCCGAGCUUGGUGCUUUGGUUCUUUCCACUAGCGAUCCCCUCACAAAAUCCAAUCUUUCUCAUCUCGCUUUCUCCAGGUGGCGCAACGAGAAGCUUCCCAUUGGGGCCUAUGUUCCGCCUGCUAAACCUGCUCGCCCUCGUAAACCCGAAUUGGUUUCCCCAAAGGAAAUUCCGGCCCCAAAAGAUUCUGGCUUACCUCUAAAUGCAUAUAUGCUCCACAAUCUUGCUCAUGUGGAGCUCAAUGCAAUUGAUUUGGCAUGGGAUACAGUUGUUCGAUUUUCACCUUUUAGUGAGACUCUGGGAGAAGGAUUCUUUGCUGACUUUGCACAUGUUGCUGAUGAUGAGAGUCGCCAUUUCGCAUGGUGCUCUCAGAGACUUGCUGAGCUUGGUUUCAAGUAUGGAGAUAUGCCUGCUCAUAAUUUGUUGUGGAGGGAAUGUGAAAAAUCGUCUGACAAUGUUGCUGCACGAUUGGCUGCAAUCCCACUUGUCCAGGAGGCAAGAGGACUUGAUGCUGGGCCAAGGCUAGUGAAAAGGUUAAUUGGUUUUGGAGACUCUAAAACAUCUAAAGUUGUGGCUAGAAUUGCUGAUGAGGAAGUUGCGCAUGUAGCUGUCGGUGUAUACUGGUUUGUCUUUGUCUGUCAGAAAAUGGGCUGUGCCCCUUGUUCUACUUUUAAAGACUUGUUGAGAGACUACAAUGUGGAAUUGAAAGGGCCCUUUAAUUAUUCAGCUAGAGAUGAAGCUGGGAUUCCCCGUGACUGGUAUGAUCCAUCUUUUACAAAUAAACAAGACAACAAUGAGAAGAAGGGUACAAAUGAGCAGCUCUCUGUGGUUUAUGAGAGACUUGCUUCUAUCAUCUCUAUGGAGUGUGAAAAUGCAAGUAUGAAUAAGCCCCCAGGUUGAUACUUAUUUACUAUAGCAGCUUACACUCUAGAUGUUAUACUGGUAAGUGAAGUGUCAUGCAAAAUUUCCAAUCUGGUUGGCAUUUCAACCAUUUUGUCCAUGGGUAACAAUUUGAGCCCUAGUGCUGUACUCUCACUCUCUAACCAGUAACUUGAGGCAUAUCAUUGUGAAUUGGAAAUUGGAACUACAUUCUCAUUUAUAUUGAGGCCCUGCGCUUAAGCUUUCCAGCUUCCAUAGAAGUCUACUGAACUUGGUGGCAUUGGACUAUUUUUACUUCAUUACCAGGUGUGGCCUGUAUGAUCUGUGAAAGUAGAGGAAUGGUGUAUUUGAGUGUAUUCAAUAUAAUUAAUUAUCCAUAACAUGUAAUUAAGUGGCUCCUCUCCGAAUCCAAUGACACAGAACUGAGCAGCACCAUAAAAGGAGCAAGUUAGAUGUAAAUGUUUCUUUGAUCUGAAUUUAUUUUUUCAUGUUGUUAAUAUAACACAUGCUUCCAGUUUA